GCGAGUCAUAGACGGGUGAUGAGGCCCAUGUCAAGCGCUAACGAGGAGGAAUUCGUGUCGUCUACGGUUCGGUCAUGUCCUCCUCUUCUACUCAGCUGGUGAUGAAUACUUCGGCGGAUGCCGCGCCAGCUGGCGCGUGCUGCAACGGCAUGGGGAAUGGCAAGGCGGCCAAGGGUGCGAGUGAGUCCGAGGGAGUCAAGGGAACAGCCUCAGCAGGAGCUCCGGCAUUUGACGGUGCGGUUGGCGGCGAAACAACACGAGUGGUGUCAGAGGCCGGCAAGGUUGGACAGCCGGACCCCCACGUGUACCCCCGCUACUGCGGGUUCUCGACGUACGCUCGCCUCCCGAGCAUCCACGAGGUUUCUAACUUCGACGUGGCGGUGGUCGGCAUCCCGUUCGACGCUGGCUGCACCUACCGCCCCGGCGCGCGCUUCGGCCCCGAGGCCAUCCGAUGUGCUUCUCGUCUUAUUCGACGGUACAACAUGGGCACGGAGGUGUACCCUUUCCGUGACAUGCAGGUGGUGGACUACGGAGACAUCCCGUGCAACCCCUUCAACAUCCCGAAAGCGAUCGACGAAAUCUCUACGGGGGUGGGAAACGUCCUUGGUCGAUGCGACGGCGUGGUUAUCAUCGGCGGGGACCACACCAUCUCCUACCCGUCCCUCAAGGCUAUCAGCGACAAGUUCGGGCCGGUGUCUCUGGUGCACUUCGACAGCCACUUCGAUACGUGGGACGAGUACUUCGGGGAGAAGUGCACACACGGGACCCCCUUCAAGCGGGCCAUCGACGACGGGCUUAUCGACACGUCCAGAUCGAUGCACGUUGGCAUCCGGGGAUCGGUCAACGACCACGAAGAUAUCGUCGCCGACGAGCAGUUGGGCAUGAAGACAAUCUUCUGCUCCGAGCUUGACGACAAUGGUUUCGACUGGGUGGCCAACAAGAUCAAGAACAGAGUCGGCACCGGCCCGGUGUACCUGAGCUUGGACAUUGACGUCGCCGAUCCGGCGUUUGCUCCCGGAACCGGAACACCCGAGGUGGGUGGCUUUUCGUCUCGGGAGUUGAUCCGGCUCCUUCGAUCCAUGAAGGGUCUCAACAUCGUGUCCGGGGAUGUGGUUGAGGUGGCGCCCGCGUACGACCAUGCGGACAUAACGGCCCAACUGGGAGCAAACAUCGUCUUCGAGAUCCUGUCCCUCAUGGCGGUCGCCCGAAGAAAUAAGACCGCGACGACGUCGGCGUAA